AUGUCACUUGGUAUUCUUCGAAGGGCAAAUGUCCCUGGCUUGGGCUGUAGCCUUUUGAAGAAUCAACGCCUUGCUCCUUCAUGCGUACAUAAGUCUUUUCAUGGCCCGCUUUCAGUACAACUUAGACAUAAUUCAUACAGCAAGUACGACGGUGGGUACCAGGGCCGUUCCAAGAAUUGGGGCGAAUGGAGCCCGUUACGGUGGGGCAUCGUUGCUUCCGCGUCAAUGGCAAUGGCUCUAUGGAAGUCACCCAUCAGGAACGAAGUUUAUCCCGUGGAUACCACUAUCCACCGCCUCAAGCCGGUAGAGACCGCUGAUACCUUUGAAAAUGGUCUUUAUGCUGCAUCUCAAAAGGAAGAGCAGGAUCUCUUCGACGAGUACCGAAAGGGGAAAACAAGCAAAGGCCCUGUUCUAUUAAGGGUUUUCUUUCGCAUCCAAUUUGUCGUCAUUGACUAUUUAUUAGACCCUCUUAAGACAAUCAUUAGAUUCGUUGAACUUACAUCUAUUUUUAUGCCAGUGCUUCUUGUAUCUCCCAUCUGUUGGUUCGGAAAGAAGGAUAGAAAGACCGGAGAGCAUGUCAGGAGCGGUGCAAGGCUUUGGUUUAGGUACUUGAGAUGGGCCUCAGAAGCUGCAGGGGCUUCCUUCAUUAAAUUGGGGCAAUGGGCCGCUUCUAGAACAGACAUUUUCCCUAAGGAAAUGUGUGAAGAACUUUCUCAUCUUCACUCUAAUGCAAAGGCCCAUUCAUUGGCCGAGACGAAGAAGAUUUUAAGUAAAAGCUUCGGCAUGCCAUUCGAGGAAAUCUUCGAGGAAUUUAGGGAAAAGCCACUAGGUGUGGGUGCGAUAGCACAAGUUUAUCUUGCCAAACUAUCUGACAAAGCCAUUAAACAAGCAAAACAGGAAAGUGACACAACCGUGCAGUUGUCUCUAGAUCCUGCUGUUCAUGAACAUCAUCAAUUUUUGGACAAAGUCAUUGUUACGGAACCAAGCAGUUUUAUAACCAAAAAGCAAGAAGUCGCCAUCAAAGUGUUGCAUCCGAAUGUUGAGGUUAAAAUAAACAGAGACCUCAAAAUUAUGAGUUUUUUUGCAUCCGUCAUCAACGCUAUUCCAACGAUGGAAUGGCUCUCAUUGCCAGAUGAGGUUGAACAAUUCUCGAUUUUAAUGAGACUUCAACUUGAUUUGAGAAUUGAAGCUCUCAAUCUAGCAAAGUUCCGCCAUAACUUUAAAAACCGUCUUGACAUACACUUCCCUAAGCCAUUCUUGAAUUUUAGCACUAGGGACGUUUUGGUGGAAGAGUAUAUUGAUGCCAUUCCUUUGAGCAAAAUGCUCAACUUAAAGGAAAAUUUUGGAAAGAAUGUUUCCAAAGAGAUCAGUGACAAAGGACUCGACGCCUUUUUGCAGAUGCUCAUUUUAGACAAUUUCGUUCACGCUGAUCUUCAUCCAGGUAAUAUGCUUGUCCGGUUUUACAAGAAUAAGCUUUAUCGCCACGAAAAAGAAUACAAGAUAGUCAAAACAAGCAAUGAAGAAGAGACCAACAAGAUCACGGAAGAACUACUUGCUUUGGGUGAUGAUCAUAAAGCAUGGGUCAAAAGGCUAGAGGAACUUUACGACCUCGGUUACCAUGCUGAGAUCUGCUUUUUAGAUGUUGGGCUAAUUACUGAAUUAAACCACACUGAUCGUGUUAACUUCAUUGACUUGUUCAAAGCUUUGUCCGAAUUUGAUGGUUACCUCGCCGGUGAGCUAAUGGUGGAGCGUUCGAGAACUCCCGAAACCGCUAUCAAUAAAGAGAUCUUUGCACUCAAAGUCGAGAAAUUGGUAGAUCGGAUGAAGCAGCGUACAUUCGCGUUGGGUAAUAUCAGCAUUGGAGACCUUUUAGAUCAGGUCUUGGGUAUGGUGCGUUCGCACCAUGUCCGAAUGGAGGGUGACUUCAUCACGGUCAUCGUGGCUAUCUUGCUCUUGGAGGGUAUUGGAAGACAACUUGAUCCUAAGCUAGAUUUAUUUGCAAGGUUCGUAUACGCCUUCGUUCUAGGGUUCCCUACAGAGAACACUUUACCAUUCUUGGGUCAGCCUCUAGGCAAGCAUCAAGAGGUGUUUGGCUUGGACACUUAUGUAACUGGUUCUGAAAACUCUGAGAAGAGGACCAUCGUCAUUUUGACUGAUAUUUAUGGACACAAGUACAACAAUACCCUUUUGAUCGCUGAUCAGUUGGCUAAAGUGGGCGGUUACAGGAAUGACCCUGUGCCCUCGAACCACGGAGAUCUUGCUCCAUGGUUAGAGAAGCACGGUAAUGAAAUCACCAAGCCCAUCGUGGAUACAUUCUUGAAAUCUGUUCGUGCACAGGUCGGUGACAGCUCGUUCGUCGGUGUAAUUGGUUAUUGCUUUGGUGCAAAGUAUGCUAUCCAACAGAUUGCCUCCGAAGGUUAUGCUAGCGCUGCCGCGGUUGCACACCCUUCUUUUGUUUCGAUUGAUGAAGUUAGAGCUGUGAAGAAACCUAUUCUUAUUUCUGCUGCCGAAACUGACCCAAUUUUCACUACCGAAUUGAGGCAUAAGACUGAGGGGCUUUGGCUAGCAUCAGGGCUAGAUACCAAAUUGACUUGUUCUCGGGCGUUGUACAUGGCUAUGCUGUUAGAGGUUGCAAUUGACAUGGGCCACGAAAAUAUGCUUCCCGUACAUCAGGAGAAGCGUAAAGCUUGCAAUGGGCGAAUUCGUCUCACACGAUUUACUUUCGGCUUUAUCACAUUUGGUCUUUGCUGUUACAUGAUAAGCAGGAUUCUCAUAAGCGGAAUUUCUCAUGAUGACCCAAGGAAUUGGUUCAGGUCGAAAGGUGACGACGGCAACAAUCCAGAUUCACUAUGUCCAAUAGUUGAAAAGGUUAACUUCUCUAAAUAUGCUUAUGAGAGUGAAACAGUACAACAAAUCAUUCAUGACGAAGGAUUUCGGAAUAGAUCAAUCGAGAAGUUGCUAGGUGCUGUUAGAUAUCCUACUGAGGUUUUCGAUGACAUGAUUCAUCCUGAGGAAGCUGAAUCGCUAGAUGAUUUGUUCAAGAUUGAGCCUGGAUGGAAGGAAUUCAAGAAAUUUCAAGGGUAUUUGAAGAAGACUUUUCCAGCGGUACAUGACCAUUUAGAGCUCGAGAAGGUGAAUGAUUUUGGUUUGGUUUAUACCUGGAAAGGGCUGAAUCCUAACAAAAAACCAUUGCUUUUGGCUGCCCAUUAUGAUGUUGUCCCGGUACAGAGGGAAACAGUGGAUCAAUGGACAUUUCCACCAUUCGAAGGCGGCUAUGAUGGGAAGUAUUUAUAUGGAAGAGGAGUCUCCGAUUGUAAGGAUUUGCUCAUUGCUUUGUUAGAGACAGCCGAACUUUUGCUUUCUGAGAAUAAAUUCAGUCCUCAAAGGACGAUAAUUUUGGCAUUUGGCUACGACGAGGAAGCUCUGGGUUCAGGUGCUAAGAAAAUUUCAGAGCAUUUGCUCAAGCAAUACGGACCGGAUUCCUUUCUUCAGAUCAUUGACGAAGGUACUUCAGGUUUUGAAGAAGUGGAAGGGCUCAACCUUAUCUUACCAGCUACGGGUGAAAAGGGAUAUGUCGAUUCUAUCAUCGAACUUUAUACACCAGGUGGGCAUUCCUCAGUUCCCCCAAAGCACACUGCGAUCGGCAUUUUGGCUAAACUUAUUAGCGACAUCGAGGAUAUUGAGUUUGAAAGUGUUAUCACCAACGCAAACCCAGUUUUAGGUCAAUUACAAUGCCUAGCUGAACAUUCUCCUUUGCUUGAGCGUGACUUAAGAAAGAACAUCUUGAGGGCUCACUUUGAUAAGCAUGCUAACAAGGCGCUUCUUGAAUAUCUUAAUAGGAAACCAGAGGAUAAGUUCCUUGUGACAACAUCUCAGGCCGUCGAUAUAAUUUCAGGCGGGGUGAAGUCAAACGCUUUGCCUGAACAUGUGUCAGCCUUGGUGAACCACAGAAUCGCGGUUGAGGAGCUGGUGCAAUCUACCUCCGACAAAAUUGUCAUGCAGAUCACGGAAAUUGCUGAAAAAUAUGACUUGGAUGGUGGUUACUUCAAUUAUACUCUUAGAGAAGCUUUGGAGCCGGCUCCCGUGACACCGAUCCAGGAUGAGAUCUGGAAUCUUUUUGGUGGGUCGGUUCGUUACCUUUACGAAGACUUGAUCUUCCCAAAUUCUUCAAAAGAGUUCGUGUUUGCCCCAUCUCUUUCAACGGGAAACACGGAUACGAAGUCCUACUGGGAUUUGACUAGGAGCAUCUACAGAUAUGUUCCUGGGCUUCCUACACCCAAGCUGAACAUUCACUCGGUAGACGAAAGAGUUCUAUUCGAUGGCCAUUUGCUGAUUAUUGCAUUCUACUACAAUUAUUUGCAAGUUGUUGAUCAGCUCGCUCAAUAA